CCUCCUUCUUUCCAUAUACACUCUUUUAUGGGUGUGAGUUGGUAAAGUAAACAUUCAGCCUUCAGAAGCUAGCCCGUCGCUUCAUUUAUAUGUUCGAAGGUUCUCAACAGAAGCUGUGAAACAGCAGAAAUAGGAUUUUUAAAGAGAAGUUAACAUCUUCCUUAUGGAAAAAAGAGUUGUAGCUUUGAAGACUUUGAUCAAGGAGAAGAAGAACACUCUGGAUCCUCAAAGAUGGGUACAAACAGAAACUAUCAGAGGGUUUGCUGACUUUAUUCAUAAGAAGCAAACAGACAAAGAGACCGACGACAGCUUCGACAGCAAAGAGAUGUUACUCGAAACGGAGAAGGAGUUUAUCGAGGCAGCCAAGAGGAAUGACGUGGAGACCAUGAAGCGUCUUGGAAAGGGUCUUAACAUCAAUGCAAGGAAUGUGCACAACAGGACAGCCCUCCACUUUGCAGUGGCUGGCAAAAACAAAGAAGCUGUUCAGCUUCUUCUGCAGCGCCGGGUCAAGGUGGAUCAGAAAGACAAGUACGGCGUGGCCCCCCUUCAUCUAGCUGCCUGGUUUGGCAGUUUGGACAUCAUGAAGUUGUUGGUGCAGGUUGGAGCUGAACAGAAGAUUGAAAAUGAAGAAGGACUAAACAUUUUGCACUGCGCUGCCAUCAACGACCACUCUGAAAUUGUAGAGUACAUUAUUAACGAUCUGCAGAUGAGAGAAUUAGACAGAGAUGAUCAGUCAGAAUGCCGUCCCUUUGCGCUGGCAGCAGAGCAUGGGUGUGUUCAAAUGUUAAACACACUGAUGGAGCCCCACAACAUGGCCACUAUGAAGCCCAACAAGAGAGGGGACACGCCUCUGCACUUAGCUGCCAGGAACGGCCACUUGGAUGCUGUACAACUGCUGCUGCAGAGCUUUGAUACUCGGGAUGAAGUCAAUACGGACGGUGAGACAGCUUUGUACCAGGCUGCAAACAAAGGUCAAGAAGAAUGUGUCCUGGCCCUGCUGGAGGCUGGCUGUGACCCCAACAUCCUCACAGUGGCCAAAUGCAGCGCUCUUCAUCCCGUCUCUGAAAGAGGCGACACUUCUCUAGUUCAGCUCCUCCUAGAGUACCACGCCCACACAGAUUUUAAAAAUCAGCACCUGAAUGCACCUCUCCACCUGGCAGUGAAGAACAGUCACCUUCCCGUAAUUCAUUCUCUUUUAGCAGCCGGCUGCAACAUUAACAUCACAGACAAGACGUCCCAGACUGCUUUGCACCUUGCUGCAGAGUCCGGCAGGACUGAAGUUGUGGAAAUGCUCCUUAAAGCCGACAUGAAUCUAACACUGUGCGACAGACAGGGCAAGACGGCUCUGGGUGUGGCAGCCAGAGCAAACGAGGUGAUUAUUGUGGACAUGAUCAUCAAAGCAGAGCGAUACUACGUGUGGAGACAGGCCAACCCGGAGCUUAAUGAAAGUGUUCACAGCGAAUAUCCGCUAACGUUUAAACUUGACCACCGCCAUGAGACCAAGCAGCUCCGGUCGAUUGCCUGGCGCCUGGCGUACGAGCUUCUGAAAGCAGGAGACUGGAAACGACUGGCAGAGCACUGGGGCUUCACUAAGGAGCAGGUUUCUGCUAUUUCGGAGCAGUGGACAGGUCAGCGCAGCUAUAAAGAACACGGCAACAGGAUGCUGCUCAUCUGGCUGCACGGGGAGGAGCUGACUCAGAGGAGUCCAGCUAAAGAACUCUACCAGGCCCUCGUCCACACCGGGAACGGGAGGGCAGCAGACAAAAUACGAACGGAGGACGAGAACAUCAGCAGCAAAAGCUGCAGAGUUUCAUGAGGAAGAACUGCGAUGUAAAAACUCUACCUACACAAUCAUCAUUCAUAGAGUAAAUCUGCAGUAAAAUAAAUUUAUUAAAAACAA